AUGACUCAUUUACUCGCCACCCAUCUCAACGUGGAUGGAUCAUCUUUUCUAACACCUGUUGUACUGCUAGGGGCUCUUGCGGCAUAUAUCGGUUGGAAACCCCCCAACCUUUUGGCUAUGGUGGAGAAUUGGUUCAUGUCUAGCAUUGAGAUCCAAUGGUCCGACCACUCUUUUGAGGCUCUGGAAAGUUGGCUGGGUCAGGAUAAGAUUCGCAAAAUGUCUACCCAGCUACGUGCAACAACUGGAUCACGAUUAUUUUGGACCAAGGACAAAGCCCACGUCGAAGAGGAACAUCUGUUACAAACAGAACCACCUCGGACAUUCAGCAUGCCACGUCUCAUCUUAACCCUUGGAAAGGGGAAACACUGGUUCUGGUACAGAUGGCGCCCAAUCGUGGUAGUUAGAGAGGAGAAAUCGGAAAUUUUGGAUAUACGACUCAAGCUCGCGGAGCUAAGCGAGAACAUGACUGCCGUUUAUCGUACGCAGAGGAAAUCCGAGUCGGUCGCCUGGACCCGUGCACCAGGCCAACGAAUGCGACUACCGUCAACAGUUAUUAUGAACUCCAACUCACAAAAAAAAUUUAUGGACGAUAUCCAUGUUUAUCUACAACCAAAGACACGAGCAUGGCACAACGCGCGUGGGCUUCCUUACCGCAAAGGUUAUCUGUUUCAUGGUCCUCCUGGUACAGGAAAAACCAGCUUGUGUAUCGCUGCGGCAGGCCACUUUAAGCUGAAAAUAUACAUCCUCAGUCUCAAUAAUAUGACAGAGGAUGACCUUAACAGCCUGGUAUCAACCUUGCCCGCACAAUGUAUUCUGCUUCUGGAGGAUGUCGAUACACAAAAGUUCGCGAAUCCCCGUACCGCCGAGGCCGGUAACAUUGUUUCCACAUAUCAACGACUAACUCUCUCCUCACUGCUGAAUGCCAUUGAUGGAGUGAUAGCCACGGAAGGCCGCAUCCUUAUAAUGACUACCAAUCACAAGGACAAGCUCGAUCCAGCCCUGAUACGCCCAGGCAGAGUUGACAUGACUGUUAGCUUUGAGUACCCCAACUUUGAUAGCAUCAAGCGCCUGUUUCUCUUGAUGUAUUCCGAAAGUUCCUCAGAAGAGCAUGGGGUCCAGCAAUCAGCUUUGCCCCAUUGCCGACAAUGUCCACAAUUUCAGUCAUCUCCCCCGGCUGGCGAUUCAGUUAUCACUCCUAAAGAUGAACUCGAAAUCCUUGCAAAGAGGUUUGCAGGGUUGUUGCCGGAAAAGACACAUAGCCAGGCUCACAUACUAAAUUACUUGAAGACGUAUUCUGGGGAGCCUGAGGAUGCCGUCACUAUGGCUGCUGGAUAUUUCAAGGAGGAAAAGUCGGUGCCUGUCGUUGAACAGUCACAUGGCAGCUCCAAUCCUAUCUUUCCGUGGUUUCUGUAGAAGGGCUGCUUUGCGAGAAGUGCAUUGCGAGGUCGCUUUGAUGUUCGAUAUGUAGCUAGUUAGAUUGGAAUCAACAUGAAAGAGGAUAUUUUAGGCUUCCAUCACGCAUGUACUCUGGCCCACCUAUGCCUGACUUUAUGCCUAAACAUCUUAGAAUGUUACCAAGCGAGAUCCGAGAUAUCAUGAA